UGGGACUGACAGGGGUCGGACCUGACACUUGAUGGAUCUAAAUAACUCCCAGAAAUGUGUUAAACUCCGUGGUUGACUGCUGAUAAUAAUAAUGAGGGGAAACAUCAGAGUAACCCGAGACACAGACAUACGUGCAGUACCACACAAACGGAAACAGCCGAUUUCUCCCGGUUCUGACCCAGAAUUGAAGGGUUUUUCUCAGGACUCGUGGCCUUUGCAGCCCUCAGCAGUCUGCAGAUAAAGGCUGUAACUGCUGUCGUGGCCUGGCGCCUCAGUGGAAUUAUGGAUAAUUAGGGUAAUUGUAGAGAGGAGUUUCUCCGCUCCCUAAAGCGCUCCGUGUCCUCAGUCUCGUGCUGCCUGUGAGUCUGAGAGGACUUCAGAGGAGACCCGCUCCUCCACGAUGAUGACCCCUCUCAGGACAGGAGACCCUGUCACAGCAGAGUCUCUGGACACUCAUAGAAGAGUUCAAACUUGUAUUUUAGUCACUUUUUUUAGAUCACUUAGCUACGUGGUUAUUGAAACACUCUUAAAGAAAUAGUCCGUGUUUUCUCACUUGGUUAUGUUUGAGUCUGGUAUAAACAGAGCUGUGGCCGAUACUGAUCGCGCGUGCACGUGUUAUUUUGCAUUACCUAUUGUUAAAGGCAUUGUGUCCGUGCGCGCACGUGUUUGUGUGUCGUCUCUGUGGCGCCAUGCUCCUCUUUGGGUUGCUAAUUUUCUCUAAACGCCUGUCUGUGUCCUCCUCCCUGCAGCAGAAACAGCCUGUCAGCCUGAAGGGAGGAGGCUCAGAGACAGACAGACGCAAACACACACAUACACGCGUACAUAAGCGCGCGCGCACACACACACACGCACACGCACACACACACACACACACACACACACACACACACACACACACACACACACACGCUCACACAGGCUGCAGGUCAGGGAGCAGCAGGAACAUCCUCUGCUUCUGUUGUAACUGCAGGGACAUGACAGGGACCCUAAGGUAGAUGAAUACAUGCAGUUGAGCCUAACAGCCUUUUUACUCCGAGUCUGAAAAGACAAAGAGGCAGUUUACUUAAGAGCUCACCUUAAAAAAAUUCACAAACACACAUGUAUACACAACACAUGUACAUAAAAAAUACAUAGCCUACAAAUAGACCUACAUAGAGUACGGUUAUAUCUAAAUGGAUAGGCUAUUGAAUCACAGACCUAUCUGGCACAUUUAAAAUGUCUAUUCAUCUUAUAUUUUGUUUCGCUUCCAGCCCAAGAGACUCUCUCAGUGACAAUAAAAUGAAAUUAAAACUGAAUGAAAAGCUUUUCAUGACGUGACUCAACCAAGAAGUCUCAGAAUAACAGAGUAAACCGGAAAACACCACAUACCAAAAUAAAAGCUGGCGACUUCAGGUGCGUACGAUCGGCUGUCAAAAGAGUUGACAGCCGUUAAAAUUGUCGGAGCAAUUUUGCUUUAAUAAAAGCUGCCAGUGUAUGGAGGCUUAUAUUGUACACACAGCCACGCAUUUGACUAAAUCUGUUUUCCUGUUAUUAGUCAUCUCUGCUCACGUGAAUGUAUUUGUCUGUCUGAAGGUUCCAGGGCUAGUCUAAGGAUUCAUGUCAGUCUAUUAUCUUAACUGGUUUACCGAUGGUCUUGGAGUUAUGUUUGAUAUCAGAUUCAGGGCCUGUGUCUAUGGACAGGUUUUUCUGUAUUAACAGAGCCCACAGCUUCAGAUUCAGGCAGUGUUUAUGUUGCUUAGUCACUAAAGUAUUCCUGCUGCACUUCCAUCUUAAAAAACAUAAAGUCUGUUUUUAAAACUUUGUUUGCUUCAUACUGACUUUGAUUUCCAAGUUUUUUACAAAGAAAAUCACAAGUGCUGCAGGUCCAGAAAUAUGUUUGCAAUGGACACAGGCCCUCAUGUAUGUACACUGAGAUGAUGAAGCCUAGUUUCAUUAUAACAAAUGGAUCUUUUGCUAUCCUGAGAAAUGUUGUGUGUAGUCUGUAUACCUUCAUGUAAGAUCCUGCAUGUUUUUCAUUGUAAUUCGAAGUUUCGCUGCAGAGAACAGUGCUCUGUAAAAUGAUUUUAAAAUAUAUCUAUCAUGUAAUUAUUGCCCACGACAGGACAUUUAAAAUAUUCUCAAGUUUUCUCUCUCUUAGUUUGAAAGGUGCACCGGAAAUAGUGUUGGUUCGUAUUCCAUUGCACAGCUCGCUGAAUGUUGUGUCCAAUCAGCGCUGAGGGGGCGGAGCUCUGACGGACCACAGCUAUUUCUCCUGUUAAACUCAAAGCUCGCUGCAGUCUGAGCUUCGGAGGACUUCUUCGAACUUUUUACACUUUUCUCCGUCCAGGAAGCGAAAAUUAUGCUUCACGGUGACCGUCCGAGUCCAGGGGCAGAGGAGGACUGUUCGUGACCGCUUUACAGCUGAUUUCGCCCUAUUUUGAGGAGUAUAAACCACUUUUUUUCCCUCCUGUAAGAAGAAGGAGGAGGACGCGGAGCUGUGGUGCUGCUGUAAUGUCGGAGCGGCUCUAAAUCUCCUCAUUUCUGUCUCCAUGAGGGAGAGGAGACCCUGAGGACUCCUUUUCUCUGAUGUUUGUGUCCUAAAGGAGGAUUAUCUGCCGUGUUUGGAGCAGGAUGGCGGUGUUUUAGCUCCAUGUGAGCUCCGUGCGUCUCUGCAGAGCCCCUCGGAUCCACAGAUCUGUAUCAGCAGGAUUUGGCUGCUCUCCGCUGUAAAUGGAUCGACAAUCCAGUUUCAUUUCUCUGUGGCUUCAGCUGGAACUCUGUGCCAUGGCUGUGCUCCUUACCAAAGGUCAUUAUACUGUGGACAUGUCUUUGACCGGCUUCAUAUCACACUGACAAAACGAUUUAAUGUGGGGGGGGGAAAUGUAAUGUAAGAGUGUAACUGUGGUCCUUCGACUGAACAUCACCAACAUUUCAGAUUUGUCUCUCUAAUACUCUUCUUUUGGACUAAAAUACAAAAAUAACAGACAGAUCAUCGACACUAACGGACUUACCUGUAACUUUGAACAACUUAACUUUUUAUCACAGAAUGAUGAUCGCGUUAAUUUUCUUCGUCUGAAACCUCUAAUCAGUAUUUUCAACAUUAAGGAGUUAAUAUCUGAAAAAAAAAAUUCUUAGGAUCAAAAGUUUCUACAGCCAAAAAUAAUAAUUAAAAAUAUUUGUAAAAGCAUCAAACUUUUGACAUGAGGAAAAGCUUACCUGGUCCCUCCUCUUUUUGUUGAUGUUGAGACUUUAAUGUAACUGUUGGAUGUUUUACAUUAAUGUUUAAAUUUAAGCCCUCCUCUCUGAUAGUUUAUCACCUUCAAAUGAUUCCAGGUUAAAUAUAAUUAUAUCAUAAUAACUUAUCUUAACCGAACUGUCCUUUAAUACAAACAUAAGUGUAUUAUAAACUAAAGGUUGAUAUGAUCCCGACAUUAGCCUCACGAAUUAAGUAGAGCUCUCUUCUGUAACUCGUACAUCUUCAAGUUUUUCUUCAAUUUUAACCCAGCAGCGGUGAAAUAGUCAAAUCAAGCUCAGUAUAGAGAGUGUAAUUUGUUUUAUUUCAAUAUAUUGCAGGGUUUAUUCAGUACAAUAAUAUUCUCCACCUUUCAGUGCAACAACUCCAUCUCUCUGAUUUUAUAGGUUAAUUAAAUAUUAACCAUAAACUUUUCUCUUUUUGGUAAACGAAAGAUUUAACUGUAGUGCAGUCUGGAUUUUAAAGAAACUGCGAAAAAUAAAAACAAGGAACAUAAAAAAAGGUUUAAAAGCAAAUUAGAAAUAGCUUUUUAGAUUUACUACAAAGAUGAAGAAUGUCAAAUAAGCUCAAUGAAAAAAGUUUUCCUUUUUACCUUGUUUUCUUACAUUUUACUUAUUUUUAUCCUGUUAACUCAUUUUCGUAUAUCAGCAGUCCGAAUUUUGAUUUACGUCCCCGCUAUAAUUUAAACCAAUUUUACCUGUAUUUAUCCAUAUCUUCAUUGUUGAUAAUCUGAAGUGUUUACAGCCAUCAUUUUUACGGUUUUUCCACAUUUAACUAUUACUUUACUUACUAUCACUUUGAAUUAUUAGUGACUCUUUGUGUUGCUGUGAUUUUAGAUCAAACUCCAAACUUGAACUCAGUGCUCCUCAAACUCUGAGCCGCCUCUGCUGCAGGUUUCACUUCAAUAACUCGACUUUAACUCAGUUUCAAGCUGCCAUUCAUAGAGACCUCAGCAGGGCUAAAGAGCCUCCCUCCUAUGCCUCCCCUCCCUCCUCCCUUCCUCCCUCGGCCCACAAAGGGGCCUCUCCUCUCUAAUGAAAUAUUCUCCAAAUGACCUGCCCGAGCCCUGCUGCUCCAAUCAUUCAGAGGGAAAACACUGAUCUGAUGAAUGUGCUCCUGCUCUGCAUGUCGGUGCGUUCAAAGGACGUUACUGCUGAGAGGAAAAAGUUUGGAGCUCAGAGUUUGGAGCUGAAAGUGCUUAUUUUUAGCACAGCUCCUGAAUGCAGCACAUGGAGCCUUCAACCUCUGAAAAUUUUCCACCAUAUUUAUAGAGUUUUAUCCAGUAAUUCCUUGUUUUCUGCAGAAUAGUCAGCAGUCAUUCAUAGAUUUAUAGAUGUUUCAGUAAAGUUUUUCUAAAGAUCCAGAAGAUGGAAAAACCCUGUAAAAGCAGAGUCCUGUUGGUGUGUCUGUGCAGCAGCUCUUUGGCCACAUCUCUGAGCUCUGAAAUAGAAGCUGUGGAUGCAGUAAUGAGUGGGCCUGUGUCGGAGCAGGGAGCGUAAUGAUAAGGUAGCAGGAAGCUCUUUAGAUGAGACCUCACGGCCCCCCUCCACCCCCCUCCAGGCUCUCGUCCUGACCACAAGUAAAGCUUUGCGUGCAAACCCGGCGGGGAGAGGAGACUCCUGCGCGGCGCCCCAGCCCCCUCCCCCUCUUUACGAGUUUCCUAUUGGGUUGAAAGAAAUUGACUUUGGCAAACAAACCACUAAUUAUAAGCUCCACGGUUCCUGUUUUAUGAAACUAAAAACAAAAAGGAGCUUUUAGCAUGAGGAGCUGUGGAGUGGAGGAACUUUAGAGGAGGAGGAGGAUUCCCAUGAGCCCUUUAGGGUCACCUGUUUACUGCAGAGUCUUAAUGUGCAAACACAGGGAGGGCCACAGCCACUGUGAGCGUCAUCAUACAUAAAGCUCAGAGAGAUUUAUCAUCACUGUGAUUAUAACUCUGACCCAUUUACCUUCUACACAGACCCCCAUGAUCCUACAGGUCCAGACCCCUCACUGUUCAACUACCCUGUUUGCUCUGAAUGUGUCUCUGCAGACCAUCUCACUCUGGCUUUUUGUCCCUCUGAAUUCAGGAGAAAUCAGGUGUUACUGUGACGCGCCGCACUGCGUAGCCACCGGGUACAUGUGCAAAUCAGAACUGAACGCCUGCUUCACCAAGGUCCUGGACCCGCUGAGUGCAAACUCCCCCCUCACCCACGGCUGUUUGGACCCCAUCACCAAUGCAGCAGACGUCUGCAGCAGCAGCUCCAGGGUCUCUGACGUCCUGGGCGGGGCCUCGGCAGCCGCAACGCUGGAAUGUUGUCACGACGACAUGUGCAACUACAGAGGCCUGCACGACUUGGCUCACACCAGAGACUCAGCAGGUAAGAGGAGGAGGCUGAUGGCAGAGGCCGUCAGGAUGUUUGUUCUUGAUCAAAACAUGAAUCUGUAAAAAUGAAGCGACUCUCUGGGGAGAUUUUUACGAUUCCUCCUCAGCAAAUAUUCAAUAUUUCCCUCCUUCCUGCUCCAGCAGCAGAACGUGGAGCUGCAGGGCUCCUCAAACACUUCUGCUGUUUAUGGACAUGCUGGCCACCCCCCGCCCCCCCCUCACUGGCUUUACUGAACUCCACUUUGACUUUAAUGGGCUCCAGCUCUGCCUGGAAAGGCAGCAGCAGCCAGUUUACCUAAAGCACUUGGACAGAGAUCAGAUAUAUUCCCUCUUUUUAUUAUGUGUGCAGCAUGUAAUUUUCCCACUGAGGAGGAAUGUGCCUGCAGAGCCAGUGUCCCUGACAGGCUGCAUGUUGGGCUGUAGGAGCUGAGAGUGGUCCUAAAAGGACUCUGCUGACCCUGAUGAAGCUUUAUUAGCUCAGAUUAAUUUUCCGGGGACGAGGUGACUCAUUUGUUUUCAGCUCUGCAGCCGUUUCUCACUUCCUCACUCUGGUCUGUGGGUCUUGUUUUCUCUCUGUGGUUACUGGCACGGCUGUUAACAAACUGUGAAAGUUUUUCAGAGACGUUUGUGUCCUUUCAAAUAAGACUCCUGUCUACUUGAAUUGGUGUGUUUUGGUGCAGUGGUUCAUUCAAACUGGUGUUUUUCUCUGUGUGCAGAUCACAGCCGGUACCCGCCAGACAGCAGCAACAGGAACCUGGUGACCCGAGUCCAGGAGCUGGCUUCAGCAAAGGAGGUGUGGUUCCGAGCGGCGGUGAUCGCCGUCCCCAUCGCCGGUGGCCUCAUCCUGGUGCUGCUCAUCAUGCUGGCGCUGAGGAUGCUGCGCAGUGAGAACAAGCGUCUACAGGAUCAGCGGCAGCAGAUGCUGUCACGGCUCCACUACAGCUUCCACGGCCACCACACCAAGAAGGGCCACGUGGCCAAGCUGGACCUGGAGUGUAUGGUUCCUGUGACAGGACACGAGAACUGCUGCCUGACUUGUGAUAAGAUGAGGCAGGCGGACCUGGGGAAUGAGAAGAUCUUGUCUCUGGUGCACUGGGGGAUGUACAGUGGACACGGGAAGUUGGAGUUUGUAUGAUUCCUGCUGAGAAUCCACUCACAGCUGGACUGCCGCUCUGAUGCUGGCUUUUGCUUUUUUACUUAAACAGCUGUUCCCUUUUCUUGUCCAUCGGACUUCUGGGUCUGUGUUUUUAGAACCAGAGCAGAAACAUUCGAGACCAAUCUGAUGCCGUGUGGUUUUUGCUGGAGGAGCACUUUACUUGAAAAUGAGAGAGCAGAGCAGCAAGGAGCUGUAUUUAAACUUGAGCGGGCAGACUGAGGUGGAGAGAGCUCCAGCACUGCUCAGGAGGAUCCUGGACUUAAACACUGAAGGAGUCCAAAUCUGUCUUAUUUGCACAUUUGUAAAAACAAAACUUUUGUUGUUGCUUCAACAUGAAUUUUACACUGACGCCAGGGUACAAAAAGAACUUGUUUGAGGAGUAAAAAAAGAAAAUUCAGUGUUUGACUGUAGGUGGGCACACUCCUCUGUAAAAGUUUCAUGAUUCAAGUCUAAUGUAAAGAUUUAAAUAUAUAUAUUUUUGUCUGAUGAAAGUGGCCACAGUGUGUCUUGUUCUGGGUGAAUGUCCAACAUCUCUCUGUGAUCAGACUAUAAGCUUGAUUGUGAGUGUGAAAGAAAAACUUCCAUUAAAAUGACUUUUUAUUUAUUUCACGAUUGAUCUUUCUGUUUUUACUCACAAAUAAAUGUGGCGUUUGAAUACAGCCCUAAUACCAGAGAGGAUGGGACACUGGUUAAAAGGUUUAAUGAGAACAGAGCUAGACAGAUUCCAAACGAUUUUUAGGUCAAAAUUUCACUGAAAAUAAGAGAAGACAAAAUCAGACCGCAAAUUAAUGAGUUUUUGUUUGAUGAAAAGUCUCUGCUCACUGUGACUUCAAUGUCAAAAACAAAAAAAUGGUUCCUCAGCUCUUCUUUCAUCAACUCCCCGUAGACCUUAGUGAACCCAGUAGACCAGGUUUUUGAGUCUUGAAGUCAAAUGUUAUCGCAUUCUCCCUGAUAGAGGAUUUCAGCUGCUCAACAGUUCAGGGUCUCCUUGGUCCUGUUUUUGGUGUCGUGAUGCUCUAAAUGUUUUCAAUGGGGGACAAGUCAGGACUGCAGGCAGACCAGUUUCUCCGCAGCAGGACUCUUCUCCUACAGAGCCAUGCUGUUGUAAUCCCUGUUGUCAGAAUGUGGUUUGUCAUUGUCUUACUGAAAUAUAAAGGUCUUCCCUGAAAAAGUCUUUUGUUUGGAUGUCAGCAGAUGUUGCUCCUAAACCUGUAGAUAUAGUUCAGCAUUAAUGGAGCCUUCACAGAUGUGGAAGAUACCCAUGACAUGGACUCUGAUGAUCCCCAUACCAUCAGGGAUGCUGGAUUUGGACUGGGAGCUGAAAACAAGCAGGGUGGUCCCUCUACUCUUUAGAGAGGAGGAUGUAGCGUCAAUGAUUUCUCCCAAA